GCAGUGAGGGAGUGUGCGGUACACGAAUGUGCUCGUGCUGCUAUCAGCCGAUAGAAGCUUGACAGGCGACCAGAGGGGGACACAGAUACUGAUAGAGCGGGAGAGAGACUCUCUUCCGACGUCGGUGCUGGAACAGAUGGGCGCGACAUUCGUCCACUAACCGGUUACCGUAUAUUCCACGGAGGCAGACAAUACAGCUAUCCAAUGCUGGCGGAAUUUAGCUGACCACAGUUGGACACACAAUAUCCAGUAAGUUCGUUCAUACGAUAUAGCCAUGAAUGACACUUUGUAAUUUCAUCAUCUCUUUAAUUGCAGGGCCCUCAUAACAUUGAAUAUAUAUGGCCUUCUAUAAAUAGGCCUAAACCUUAUGUAUUUGGUUACUAAAGAAACAAAUGCUUUACACGCAAACUUUAUUACCAUAUUCCGUUUAAUAUCCAUAGUGUCUUGUUUCCUAUGAUUGAAGGUGAACACAGUUUGGUUAAGAAGUCGAUACAGCACCACCCAUCGGUUGGUUGAAUUGAAAGGGAACAUAUGCAAUUGGGGUGUGACCAUCUGUAUGUAGCCUAGUUACAGUGUGGACUCACUCAUGCAGACCAAAAUGUAAUGUUUGCCUUCGUCAUGAGAAGCAGCAAUGUCAUGAAUGGAAGUUAUUCAGACCUUUGGAUAACAGUUGGUUGGUUGGUUAUUAAGACAAAACUAACAGUCAGUAUAUAGACAACCUUUACAGAUAUGUUUUCCUAUGACCAAUUAAAAAAUUACAAAUAACACUAGGCCUAAUUAUAUGCAUGCCCUCAAGACUGAAAUAGACUUAAAAAUGUAGUACCAUGUUCCCAAAGAUGACGUGAUUGAGUUGAUUAGUGUCCCAUAAAAGGCUAGUGUAUAAGUGCAUGUAGGGUAGAAAAGUGCAUUUCAUUUCACAGACAAAAAGCUAUGUAUAACAGGUAGCCUAAACCCUUAAUUAUACAGAUAAAUAUUAAACAUAAAAGGUUUGUUCCACCUAUUUAAGCACAUUUAGCAUCGUUAUUGAAGUAAUGACAUGAACCAUAUAAGAACAGCAAGUCUUCUGACAUAUCCAUAUACUGGACAUUCAUACACAGUAGCCUACACCACACUUGCUUGGCAAAAAAUUUGAUAAAACAGUUUCAUUCAUGUGAAUCAGCAAUUAGUAUCUACAGUCUCUAAAUAGAUAUAGUGGUACAUGUCAACAUCCUCCUCCUACCCUAUAGUGUAACAGUGUUUUAAAGAGUUCUAUCAUCAUGGCAAUCCACAUCUCAGGGAGGGAAAGGGGAAAGGGAAGGAAGAGUUGGCAUUCAAAUUCAAUGCUGGAGCAGAGCACAGUGAAAUGUAAGUCAUGUAAACAAAUGAACUGCUAAUUGACCUGCUACAACCAAAGCUUUGGUACACAAUACUUUUUUUUGUAAAGUAUAUAUACUUUAUUUUUUAUUUUUUAUGUAUGCCUUUCAGAGUUGGUUAAAUUCCAUGAACUAUAAAAUGAUGUUGGUUACACUGUGCCAUCUACUCUCAUUUUCUGAAGUUCUCUGAAGUUGAAAUUAUAACCAAUUAACCCCAUAUGUGCCUAUUGUUUAUUUUGUGUCUCUAGCCGUAGGCACCAUGAUCCCUCGUAAUAUGCGAACAGGUGGGAUGGACCUGCCAGGGGUGGAGUCAAGGGAUGUACCCCUUAUUGGCUACCGGCCUUUAGCGCCUGACGAUAUUCCCCUCAGCAGCCAAUCAGGACAAGUGACUGACAGUACUGGACUGGACUCCUCUGAGGUUGGAAGUGAUUUUAUAUUUGAUUAGCUUGAUUAGGAACAUGUACUGUAAGUAAAUCAUUCACGGCAAUUAACUACAGUAAUAGUUUCAUUGUGCUGAGAGAGACAUCAAGGUGCACUUGCACUUUAAUACCUGUAAAGUUAUGGAGGGCACUGUUACCUGUUCUCUCAUAUAGCAAACUUUCUCCAGUGGUCUCAUAUUAAUUCACCUGAUAUGGUGAAUCCAAUAAAUGGAUGAUUUGAUACAGAAACACGUCUGUGUCAUAUAAUUUAAAGAUGCACUAUGCAGAAAUCGCUCUGCAAAAAUUCUAAUAAUUUGCAAGUAUAGUGUAGAGCAGGGUUUCCCAAACUCGGUCCUGGGGCCCCCCCCCCUGGGUGCACAUUUUGGUUUUUGCCCUAGCACUACAUAGCUGAUUCAGAUAACCAACUCAUCAUCAAGCUUUGAUUAUUUCAAUCAGCUGUGUAGUGCUAGGGCAAAAACCAAAACGUGCACCAAGGGGGGGUCCCAGGACCGAGUUUGGGAAUGUAGAGAAUCAUUCUACCAUCUAAACCGCUGUGAAAUAUCUUUUCCAUAACCAAAAAUAUUGUAUUUUCAGCUGUUUGAAGCUGGUGUACAAAACCUAAAGUAAAAGUCUCAAAAAUGAAACUUAAGACCGGGAAGCAUAGAAAUAGCACACAUAGAACAGCUCUACAGCUUCUUAGACUGUGCUUUCAAUGGGAAUAACAGAUGUACAUUUCUAUGUGAAUUUGGUCGGGUCGCCCUUUAAAAUUAAUCACGUUCCUCAGACCAACCAGGGUAGGGGGUUAGGGUAUUAGAGCAGUGGUCUGUGAAACCGUGGUAACAGGGCUCUCUUACCAGUUCCUUUGAGUAAACAGCAGAUGCGGUCGGUUGGUUUUCAAAGAGCCUCAGGGAUUUCAGUCAUUUUGAUUUCAAAGACAGACACUAAAGAGGAGGUACUUUCCAUCAAGACCUGCCAGUGAAUGAGAUGAUGUUUGACCACCACACAUUGAAUAAAAAGCUAAUGUCUUGAGAUUUCUAAGUAGACUACUGUAACAUUUUUGCUAAGAUGUUGCUUUCUUAAACAUUACUUUUAUGACCAUAUUAGAUGUAUGUUCUAUUGUAAUUCAGUAUUUAUUUAUAUCCAGUUGAAUUCACCUGAAACAGAAAGGGUUGUGUAAGUUGUUUGAAAGUGUGCAAACCUGGACAGGUUGACAGCAUGCGUGUUUUUCUCAUGAUUUUUAACCUUUCUUAAUGUUCCAUUGGCCGAGACAGAGGCUGUAAAGGUUUUAUCAGACUAGUUGUGGCAGUCAGUUGCUGGGUUAUUCUACUCUACUCACACAGCCUUGUUGUUCUGUCACUAAUGUGUGGGUUUUACUCCUUUUCAACCCUAAAGUACACAUAUAAUUGUUUCCAUUGUAAGUUCUUGCCUCUUUUAUAGUAAAUAAUGUGUUGUGAGAUAUUAUACUACUUCAUUUAUGACACUUAGGCCUAUGUAAUUUCAUCGCUUUGAUUUGACAAAUCAUUAUAUUCACCCAAUAAUUGCAGACCGUAUCAGUUCAAUUUAAGAUGAAAACGUGAUUCCAUUUACUUUAUUGUCUCUUAAUUAGAUAUCAAUGAACUCCAUAAUUUUCCACUGACUAACUCUCAUACACUUGCUACUUGGCUUUAGUGCAUAGUGCACAUGAUGAUCGUCUCAUUGGCUUUGUCUUCACUUAGCAUGCAGUCUCAAGAAACUCCCCGGGGCUAUAAAAAGAAGUCACACUGACUCUGACACCAGCUGCAGUGGUAACGUCCCUCUUGUUCUGUUUAUGUCACAUGACAUGACCACUGCACAGCCUCGUGGUAAAUAAUCUAUGGGUGGCUGCCAGCUGGUGGGUCUAUGUGUUAUGUGUUGUACACCUCCACCACUCCACUCAGAUAUCAUAGGCCGGGUUUCAGAGGACAUUCUAUCAAGUGGAAUUGAAUCCAGCCACUUGAUCACUCUUUAAUGAGGGAAACUUAGAUGCAUGUGGAAUGGGCUUAGACAAUGGGGUCAGGCCUCACAACGACAAUCCACCCCCCUGCAGACAAUUCAACUUUUCCACACAGUGCAACAUGUUCUUUAGGUCAGGUUUCAUAGAUAUGAGCUACCAGCAGCAACAUUUGUUUUGCAGGUAUAGCUUGGUGGAAUCAUUUCAAUAGUAUUUUUAUCUUAAAAUAGGGCAUAUGGUUUGUCACAUAGUGCUGUGGUGACCCAUAUAGUCUAUUGAAUAUUCUUUCUGAAGAAGAAACAAAGUGUAUUGCCGAUAUAACCCUGAUAGUUAAAACAACCUUAUGAACCAAAGAUUUAAAAGAGAUUUCAGAUAAGACUUUGAAAUAAGGAAAUAGAGCAGCUCUGACCAGAAUACCACCAGGGCUCACUUUAAAGGGUAGAGAGGGUACCAUGGGAUGCACAGAUGAAAGCGUGAGAAGAAGAGCGGGGAAAGAUGGGAAGGAAGGGGUGGGAGCCUGAGAGGGAGAGCAAGGGAGCACAAAACAAAACAAUAGGCAUCUUUAAAUAAAACUUCAGACGAUAUAUUUACGAGCCCCAAUUGUAUUGCUGUGUAAAGUAGUCAACAAUAUUGGUGUCAGCGGUGGGAUUACGCUUUCACAUGACAAUACGCUCCCAUUUGCUCACAUACCCAUUUGCUCAUACUGUACAACCUUAGAUACUUAUUUAAAGGGACAAAGCCCAAAAUGUCUGAUGUUGACGAACAAGUGACGGAAAUAGAACUUGAGACUGUGUAAAGACAGGGGGUGAAGAUAGAGAGAUUGUGAGGCUCUUCCUGCUUUUUCCCCCUGCACCGAUGCCCAUCGUAGCGGUCAGAGGAGGCCGGGUUGUGAGGGAAAGAGAAGGAGAAAAAAUAGCAGCUCGUCACGACAGCACAUCCUGCUUCCUGUGUUUGUCUCUGCUCAUAAUGUACUUCCUCUAUGGCGAGGAAAGAUGGAAAUAUAGAGACAAGGAACAUGUUGAAUCAUGAGAGAGGUUCCACAUAAAGAGGAUAACCAUUGAGUUAAAACUAGCAACAAUGGAAAAAGUGGGCGAACGAAAGAAAACAUUGGACAAAAUCUGUAAACAUGAGCAGACAAAAUUGGGAGAUUUGAAUGAUACAGUAUCUGAGGAGGGUCAAGCACAUUUCCUUAUCAAGAUGUUUCUCAUGGAAUGAACCGCAGCCACUUACUUUCAUGAUUAUUUUCAUCCUCUCCCUGAGCCAGCUUUUCCUUACAGUGGAUGAGCCAAGUCCUUGUAUCGAUUGUUGGGGAAAAUACACUAGAAAAGAUUCAAAGAUUUUGUGCAUAUGGUAGAACAGAAACACUGUAGGGGUUGUUACAUGCCACAAUAUUAGACAUCCUCAUUGGUGCCUCUCGGUUCCAUCGCCACUCACAGAUUGAGAUGUGGUGAUUGUGGUUGGUUGAGGUUGACACGGAUGGUCCCAAGGAAGUAGUUAUACUGUAGCUAACUGUACCAGGAAGAGUUGUGGGUAAACUUAACCUUAGACCUACUGCUUGAGACAAAAACAUAAUAACAUGGGAAAGUAGGCAUACAGUAGACCUAUGUUAAAAAUGUAAACAAGUAUUUUGCCUCACUUUUACAACUGCAGUCUCUUAGAAACAGCGACUGUGCUUUUACAUUUACAUUACAUUUUAGUCAUUUAGCAGACACUCUUAUCCAGAGCGACUUACAGUUAGUGAGUGCAUACGAAUCGAACCCACAACCCUGGCGUUGCAAACGCCAUGCUCUACGCCUAGUUAAUAACACCCUGAUUAGUUGAAUGCACAGUGCUACUGUAGGCCCACAGAACAAAGACUUCUCUGUUUUAUGUGACCUGAUGUAGGCUAGCAUUGAUGACAACACACAAAUAAUCAUCUCUAAAAGUCCUAUGUUCUAUCUUCUAUGUUCUUUCUGUGUACAUUGAGCUGAAUAAACCAAGGCUAGAAAUCAUCUUCAACAUCUCCAUAUACUUACACAACCUUCCUUCUGUCUGUUGCAUAGAGUCAUAUGUGUGCAGACAGUGCGGUUAUAGGUGCCGGUAAACAGAGCUACACAGGCUAACAAAGGCUAGUAGUCUAUGCUAGCUACAGUUGGUUAACAUGCUAACAUUUGCUUAUGCUAACAGCCAGACCUAGCUUCUACUAGUGCUGACAGGCUGUAGCCUGAACCAGUCUGUCAUUGUGAGGCUGUGAAAGUCCCCACCUGUGUGUCAACAUGUGCUCACCCGCUAGUGUCGUUAUCCCGUUGAGUAAACAGGGCGUGCUUCCUGCUUUAUUAGUUGACUUGGAACAUUUAUGAACUGUCAUUAGCAUAUGACAUAUAUUAACAGGUCAGUGUCAGAGGAUGUAAUGAUCCUCAGGGCAAGUUUGUUGAAAUAUUGAUGAUGGAGGAUGAGUUUAGACAGUUAGGUCUGCCUCUAAAUUGACUCUGUUCAUUGUGGGAAGAGAUGUAGUCAAACAGGUUUAGCAACAAAUGUAGGUCAUUCACACAGGGAGAGAGGGAAGGAGGGAUUGAAAGAGAGAAGGUAUUGUGAGCCAAUAGCUGCAGGCCUUCUCAUUGUGUGUAGGCUAUGUGAGUCCCCUGUGUGUUCAACAGGUGAGUCUAAUACUAUAUCAUCCCUCUCCUGUGUGUGUGUGUGUGUGUGUUUGUGUGUGCGAGCGAGCGAGCGAGUGUGAGUGUGUGUAUACGUCUGUAUACGUCUAUCUCUGUGUGUGUUAUGGGUGUGCCCAUGUGACGUAGGCACACAGAGGGGGUGAACCUACCUAAUGACGGCUUCAGGUGUGUUUAUGUGUGUUAUGUCCGAGAGCCAGACAAACUGAAAGAUAAAGACAUACAAUCCUGUCCCUCCGUCAUUGAAAAACAACGGUCAAGGAGAGAAGAGGAAACUAAAAAGGCAGAUGAAAGAAAGUGGACAAGAUGGUGUUUGUGGCUUUCUUGUGAAGUUCUCAAAGAAGCUAAAGGCUUGUAGCCUGUCUGGACUUGUCGAGACAAAGGUAACUUGUGUUUUUUUGGGUCAAUGUCAAUCAGAUACAGAUAGGUGGGAAAGAGAAAGAGCAACAGACAGAUAUGAGAUCAACAACAGAAACAUGCUACAUCAGUAGGUAGACCAACAUGUUCUGAACCUAUUUUUACAUUUUUACAUUUUAGUCAUUUAGCAGACACUCUUAUCCAGAGUGACUUACAGGAGCAAGUAGGGUUAAGUGCCUUGCUCAAGGGUACAUCGACAGAUUUUUCACCUAGUCGGUUUGGGGAUUAGAACCAGCGACCUUUCGGUUACUGGCACAACGCUCUUAACCACUAAGCUACCUGCCGCCCUAUGCCAUGAUAAUAGAGGGACUAUGAAUUGAAUAGAAUACUUUCACUUUUAAUGCAAAUGAUACAUUAACUGAGCAUGGCCCUUUGGUACUCAAGUUGAUUUGAAUGAGAAAGUGGUUACUGAAAGUAGUUAUAGAAGGCACCUCCGCAUGUCAAAUAAGGAGAUUGAUAGACACAUUAUAGGAUACAGCAGUUGUUGCGGAACUGUCUGGUCAGUGGUCAAUAUGACCUGCUUUGUGCUUAAUGCAUUUGCACUUAUAUGUUGACCUGGAUAUUGCUUAUCAUCAUAUUGUGGUUGGAUCUCAACUGAAGGGGAAAUUAAUGCAAAAGGAGGCUGUGCAAUGCCUUAAAUAGAUUUUAAACGUUUGAUAUUGUUGUUGUUCUGUUGAUGUUGUUAUGGUUUA